AUGGCGGACGAUGUCGGUCCAAUCGACUCCAAAGCCUCCUUGCCCAGCCUCCCCCCCGCUGAGUCCUCGAAGCGCUCCUCGCUGGAUGGGGGGACUUUGUCCCCAGGAGCCCACCAACGAUCGCCGAUGGCCUCAGGUGAGUACAGCAGUGCACUGGCGAGCUUCGAGGGUGCGUUGGCCUCGGAAAACUCCGGCAGACAAAGCCCCGGCUACCAUUCUUCCAUGGAGAGCCCCAGCUUCCGGUCCAAGCGUGUCCAAGGCGGCAUCGGCAGCAACUUCAUUAAGGCCAAGCAGGUUGAUGAAAUGUCCAACCAUUCCAGCUAUGCUGGCAAGGUCCGCGCAUCUCUGGUGAAGUUUCUGCAAAGCACCCGCUUCGCGAACUUCAUGGCUUUGGUAGUGCUGGUCGAUGCGUCCUCCUUGAUCGUGGACAUCGACGCGAGAGCUGUGGGCGAAGUACCGCCUCGAGCUCUCAUGCUGAUGUCGGAUCUAUGCUUAGCUCUGUACACAGCAGAAUUGGUUAUGCAGGUGAUUUUUCGAGGUUGUCACAUUCUGAGUCACUGGCUGGUAGCGAUCGAUGCAAUGAUCAUCGGCUGCGGCUACGCAGAGCUGGUUCUGAACGCCCUCCUGACGAGUGAGACGCUGCAGACGAUCAGCUUCUUCAGCAUGCUCCGCGUGCUGCGACUGGCCCGAAUUCUGCGGCUGGUCCGGCUGCUGCGCAAGGCACCGCGCUUGCGGGAGCUGCAGAAGCUAGUCACCAUGAUGGCGACCUGCUUGAAAGCACUGGUGUGGUCCUUCGUCUUCUGCUUCGUGAUCAUGACCGUCUGGGCCAUGCUCCUCGUGGAGAUCGUGGGGCCUCUGAUCCAGACGCUCAUGGAAGACCCCGAGCACGAGCUCUGGGAUCGCUGCGGGGAGGAGUGCAAACUCUUGACGACCUCCGUUAUGCGGGCAAAUGUCCUGCUUUUCAAGACGGUCAUUGCAGGGGACAGUUGGGGAUUAAUCGCAGUCCCCGUGAUCAUGGAAUAUCCUGCGACGGCCAUCAUCUUCAUGGGCUCGCUGCUGACCUUGGUCUUUGGUGUGCUGAAUCUCAUCGUAGCCGUCGUUGUGGACACCUUUGCCGAAGCGCGCGAGCGGGAUGUCCUGAACCUGGCCGAAGAGAUGGA